CCUUUUUUGAGUUGCAUUAUUAAAAUGCUGCUGCUGGGACUAUGGAAAUUUCGAGGAUAGUUCUACUCUUUUUUCUUUUUAAAUUGCACUCCUGUCAAAAUGAAACCAAUCCUGCCACUACAAAAACCUCGGAAAAGCAGAAGAAAUUGGGCGGAGAUGAUUCAUUCGUAGAUUUGCUUCUUCAAGACGAACACGGUAGCAAAGCUGAAUACCAAACUUUCGACGGAUGGUACAACAAUCCAUGGCAUCUCUCUUUAGGCUCAACUGACAGCACCUUGAUUCGCUUAUUACCAUCAGACUAUGAAGGAGGAGUAUAUCGACCAUCUAAUCGUAGCCGAGCAAAUCCUUUAGCUGUUAGUAACAAACUUUUAAAAGAGUUACCAUGCAAUGGCAAAAACAAGUCUUAUUCUAGCACAGGGAACAAUGUUUUUAUGGCAUUUUUUGGGCAAUUUGUUACUGAAGAAAUUUUGAAUACAAGGAAACCAUCUUGUCCUCCUAAUUAUUUUAAUAUAGAACUACCUAAAGGCCAUGAUUAUCGCAAGAUUGGUCGCAAAACACUACCAUUCAUUCGUUCCAAAUAUAGAUUGAAAAGUGGGAAAUCUUCAAAUAAUCCUAGGAAACAACUGAAUGGUGCAACUGCUUGGAUUGAUGGAAGUGUUAUUUAUGGCACUACAAGAUCUGAAGCAGAGUCUCUACGAGCUUUUAAAGGAGGUCUUUUGAAAAGUAUAAAUGAAAAUGAGUUAUAUCCAGCUUUGAAUGAAGGCUAUUUAUCUUAUUUAUCACCUUCACGUAACAUCCAGGAGAAUAAAAUAAAGACAUGGCAUUACAGAGUAGGAAAUUCAUUUGCUCAUGAAACUCCUUUCAUGUUAACAAUAAAUAUCAUUUUCCAUCAGUGGCAUAAUAUUCUGGCUAAUAAAUUACGAGCAAAACAUAAAGAUUGGGAUGAUGAAAAGUUAUUUUAUGAGGCUAGAAAAUGGGUUAUAGCUACUUUGCAGAAUAUUGUCAUUAAUGAAUGGUUACCACACUUUCUUGGAGAAGAACUGCUUGAAUAUGAAAGAUAUGAUCCAAGUAUUGACCCAAGCAUAUCCAAUGCUUUUCAAUCUGCUGCUAUGAGGUUUGGGCACACCAUGGUCCCUUCUGCAGUCUAUAUAAGGUUGCAUCCUCAAUAUUGUGAUAUGACAUCAAUUCGACUUUGUGAUAGUUUUUAUAAUGCUCAGGAGAUAGUUAAAAAUGCCUCCGUUGAAUCCUUGCUACUUGGGAUGGUAUUUCAAGCUGCUGAAACUGAAGAUGUUUCAAUAGUAGAUGAUUUGAGAAAGUUUCUAUAUGGUCCCCCAGAAUUUACUCGUAGGGAUUUGGCAGCAAUUAAUAUUCAAAGAGGUCGCGAUCAUGGUCUCCCAGGAUAUGGAGUUGCAAGGAAAAUGCUUUUGCCAAGGGAAAAAAUUGAUAAUUUUGAUUUUGAUCACAUGGCUGCUUUGUAUCCACGCUAUCAGAAAGUUAUUAAAAAUGAGUUACCACAAUUUUAUUCAUCUAUGGACGAGGUGGAUCUUUUCUUGGGUGGACUUUUAGAAGCCAAUGAAGGUCUAGGUCCAGUAUUCAGAGAAAUAAUAAAGGAACAGUUUCAACGUAUCAGAGAUGGAGAUCGUUUUUGGUUUGAAAAUACAGAAAAUGGAUUUUUUACACUGAAAGAAAUUAAGCAGAUUAGAGAAAUUCUAAUGUCUGACAUUAUUUUGUCUGUGGCUAAAGAUUUGGAACUUGAUUCUCUACCAAAGGAUGUUUUUCAUGUACCCAAUUUAGAAACAGUUGAUAACUUGCAGUGUUCAUCGGAUCUUGCUGAUUAUCCUUGCAAAGUGUAUGGUGUGAACACCACUUGCCUAGCAUUGCCUACUGUUGCUGAUGAAAGUUUGCAAUGUUUAUCCUCUAUUGCAACUCCAUUAUGUAAAAAUUCAAAAGCAGAAACUUAUGAUUAUUUUACAGGAAGUGGGUUACCUUAUGCCCUCUCUUUUCUGUUUCUCUUCCUUUUCAUUGUUGGUUGCAUCAUUGCUCUAUUUAUUCUUGUAAACAUGCGUAAAAGAGCUAUAGCCAAUCUCAGACACUCAGUAAAACAACAAAGAAAGAAUUUUUCAGAUGAAAAUUCUUGCAUAGGUACUGAAUGGAUGGGCAGAAAAGAAGGAACUCGGGAUGUUAUCAUAAAUUUCUUGGCAGACAGAAAGCUUCUGACGAUUUGCCUGUUAAAUAAACAAAUGUUGCGUUCCAUCGAUUUGAAACAUGUUCAAGUGGUUGAAGUACAUGUCAGCACGGGAGGUCAUUUGCACUAUGUCCUUGUGAGAAUUUCAAGAGAAUAUGAUAUUAUUUUGAAAUUUGAAUUCCCUGAUGAGAAGGAAGCUUUCAUCGAAAAACUUGAAACAUUUUUAGGAAAAAUAGGCGUUGGCCGUCAACGGUAUGAAUGCACCGUUAAUCAAAUGCUUAAAACUGCCAUAACAAAAAGGCACCGACAAAAACAACUGGAGCAAUUUUUCCGUGUUGUUUUUGCACAGGCAUUUUCUAUAGAGCACGAAAGAAAUGCACUAGCAGGUAUAGACUGUAAUCAACUGAAAGAAAUUGUCAAAAUGGAGCUGACAGCUUAUGAAUUUGCUGAUGCAUUAUCACUGCGCCCUGAAGCUACAUUUGUCAAACAGAUGUUUGCUCUCAUUGAUGCCGAUGGAAAUGGUUACAUUUCCUUCCGGGAAUUCUUGAAUGUGAUUGUGAUUUUUGCUAAAGGUAGUCCUGAAGAUAAAACAAAAUUAAUGUUUGAUAUGUAUGACAUCGAUCAUUCUGGUAAACUUUCUAGACUGGAGUUUUCUGACAUGAUAAGGUCACUAUUGGAAUUAGCCAACCAGUCGUUAUCUCCUCAGCAGUUGGAUGAGCUUGUUGCUUCCAUGUUUACAUCAGCUGGAUUACAGCAAAAGCAAGAGAUGACAUUUGAUGAUUUUCAACAUUUAUUAGCUGAUCAUCGCGAACAGUUGGGUUAUGUGCAAUUAAGCUUUAAUAUUGGUGACGGCUUUAAAACAACUGCUGCACAGUUGCCUCGAAAAAGUAUGGCAUUUCGAGCAGAGGAAACUGUUGUACGAGCUUAUAGUAUCGUUGGAACAGGAUCGAUAGAAGGUACUAAAACGUAUCUUCGAGUUGCAACAAAACCAAAUCUGUAUGAGAAAGAUCCAACAAAGCAACAAGUGAAUCGACUCGUUCGAUUCAUCGAAAAUUACAGGCCACACAUUUUCUGGACCACCCUAUACACACUUGUUAUCUUUGGAAUAUUCAUUCAGAAAGCUUAUUAUUAUUCAGUUGAAGCUGAGCAUACGGGAUUCAGAAGAAUUGCAGGCUAUGGCGUGACUGUUACCCGAGGAGCUGCGAGCUCUAUGAUGUUUGCAUACAGCACCAUAUUGUUAACUAUGUGUCGUAACACAAUAACAUUUCUCCGAGAAACAUUCUUUCACCAAUAUAUCCCAUUUGAUGCGGCAAUAACAUUCCAUAAAUACAUUGCAUUUUGGGCUCUCAUAUUUUCAUUGUUUCAUAUUAUAGGACAUGGAAUAAAUUUUUAUCAUGUAUCUACACAGACUGUGAGCGAUCUACAGUGCCUCUUUCCUAAUUUUCAUUUAAAUUUUCAAAAUCCUCCAAAACUUCCAUAUUGGCUAUUUCAAACAAUUACAGGCAUAACCGGUGUAUUCCUGGUCAUCGUACUUACCUUGAUGUAUGUCUUUGCAAUUCAAUUCGCUCGUAGGCAUGUGUUCAAUGCAUUUUGGAAAACUCAUAAUUUGUAUCCGGUCCUCUACAUUUUGUGCAUCCUUCAUGGAAUCGGGCAACUUAUUCAAGAGCCACUAUUUUAUUACUUUUUCCUUGGACCUUGUGUGCUGUUUUGCAUCGACAGGCUGAUUAGUGUUAGUCGGAAAAAAGUGGAAAUACCUGUCAUAAAAGCUGAGCUACUUCCGUCAGGAGUUACUCACCUGGAAUUUAAAAGGCCCAAUAACUUUGAAUAUAAAAGUGGUCAGUGGGUCAGGAUAGCUUGCGUGCCCUUGAACACUAACGAGUUCCAUCCAUUUACCUUAUCAUCUGCACCACACGAAGAAAAUUUAAGCUUGCACAUCAGAGCGGUUGGACCUUGGACGACUAACCUUCGGAAAAUCUAUGAUCCGAAUAAUCUGCAGCGUCAUGCUCUCCCAAAGAUCUAUUUGGAUGGACCAUAUGGCGAAGGACACCAGGACUGGUUUCGUUAUGAUGUUUCUGUACUUGUUGGCGGUGGCAUUGGUGUUACACCUUUCGCCUCUAUCUUGAAAGAUGUAGUUUUCAAAUCAUCUUUGAAGCAUAAAAUAUUUUGCAAGAAGUUGUACUUCAUCUGGGUAACGAGAAGUCAAAGACAGUUUGAAUGGAUGAUUGACAUCUUACGAGAAGUUGAAGACAAUGAUCGAAAUGGCCUUGUUGACAUUCACAUUUUUAUCACUCAGUUUUAUGAAAAGUUUGAUUUGCGCACAACUAUGCUAUACAUCUGUGAGCGUCAUUUCCAAAGAGUUUGUGGAAGAAGCCUAUUUACAGGUCUUCGCUCCAUAACUCAUUUCGGUAGACCGGACUUCCAAGUGUUUUUCAAUUCUCUUCGCACGGAGCAUUCAGAUGUGAACAAAAUAGCAGUGUUCAGUUGUGGACCACCCUUAAUGACAAGAAGUGUGCAGACAUCUUGUGAGGAACUGAACAAACAUGAGGGAGCAAUAUUUGUGCACCACUAUGAAAAUUUUUAAUAUCUUAUUCAUAUUUUACGAAAAAUUGAAGGUACUUGUGAAAAUGCACUUCAUAUUAUGAUGUAUGCUCAUCAAUAUUAUAAAGAAAUGGAACAUAAAAUGUUGAUAUUAUUAGUACUUUUUAUACAUAUGAUGUAUUUCAUAAUAUAAUAAUUAUGAUCUUAUACUUAAUUUAAGGUUUUAAUCAGUACAUCAAAACUGCAUUUUUUUUAUCUGGAUA